UAUGUGAAACUCUGUAGAAAUGACUUUUUUAAUACUUCAUAAAUUAAGACGAUGUCGUUUUGAAGAGUUUUACAGCUAAUAUUUAAUAUUGUUUCUCCCAAUUCUCUCCUUGGCCGCGUUUCUCCGCCGCCGUCUGGAGCAUCGGUAAGCAAGCCGCCGCCGUCGCCGCAGUGCGCAUCAUUCGUUCCGGCUAAAUUGUUCGGCUAUCACUUUUGCUCUUCCAUUCGAGGAAGUUGAAAGGAGGGAUUUUGGAAAGGUGAAUUAGGAGAGUGAGUUGUGAAGAUGGAAAACAGAGGUGAUCCUGAGCAGCAGAAACAGAAUAAUGCAUCAUUUGUUGUGAAAAUACCUUCAUAUGAAGAGGUGGUUGAGAGCUCCCAACCUAAGUCGCAAUCUUUAUUCAAGCCUUCCUCCUCCUUUUCGCAAGCUUUCAAUUUUAUCAAAAACACUGAAUUUUACACCACCCCACCAUCUGUACCGGUGGCUCAGUCCUCCAAAGAUGCCCCUUCAUCCUCUCAAGGAUCUUAUCCAAGGCAAACCAUUCAAUCUGAAACUCCUUCCACUUCAGUUUCAUCAGCUGGUGCAAAUCGGAAUGCCAUCAUCGUUAGCCAUAGACAGAAGGGCAACCCUUUGCUAAAGCAUAUAAGGAAUGUUCGAUGGGUUUUCGCUGAUGUUGUUUGCGAUUACUUGUUGGGCCAAAAUGCUUGUGCGCUUUAUUUGAGUCUUCGCUAUCAUCUUCUACAUCCAGAUUAUCUGUAUUUUCGGAUAAGGGAACUGCAAAAGAAUUUCAAGCUUCGCGUCGUAUUAUGCCAUGUUGAUGUGGAAGAUGUUGUUAAGCCUCUACUUGAAGUCACAAAAACGGCACUACUCCAUGACUGCACUCUUUUAUGUUUAUUUAGCUUGGAAGAGUGUGGUCGGUACCUGGAGACCAUUAAAGUUUAUGAAAAUAAACCUGCCGAUCUUAUUCAGGGACAGAUGGAUAUGGACUACAUUUCACGGUUAAACCAUGCACUCACAUCAAUCCGGCAUGUUAACAAGACAGAUGUUGUUACUCUUGGGUCUACAUUCGGGUCUCUUUCCAGUAUCAUGGACGCAUCAAUGGAAGAUCUUGCCCGUUGCCCGGGCAUAGGAGAAAGAAAGGUCAGACGCUUGUACGAUACUUUCCAUGAGCCGUUCAAGCGCGCAGUUCCUAACCCUGCUGCGCCCGUUGCUGAAAAUCCUAUCGUGUCUGUAAGUGAAAGAAACGAGGAAGUUAAGGAGAAUCAAGAGACGAGCAGAGAGCAUAAGAGAGAAGAAGAGAUCAGCGUAAGAUCUGCCCUGAAGGCAGCGUUUGCCAAGUACUCCGGCACCAGGGGAAGCAAGAGGAAGGCCGCGGUGCAGGCGGAAACGGAGGAGGAUGCAGCCGACACCCGACGAGCCAACGACGGUGGUGAAGAAGGUACGAGAUGAGUCUUUUCACUCAGUUAUGAGAUGGAGUUACUAUAGAAGCUUUUCUCAAGUUAUCAUAAAUCACACCUGAAUAGAGGCUGAGGUUGUUUGUAAUCUUUGCAAGAAAGGCUAAUGUAUUCCAAAAAAAGGUAAAAAUAAUUAUUCCUUACAAAAUUGAAAUGAAUUGCAGUUAGGGCUGUAAACGAGUCGAGCUCCUUGAUCUCGAGAUGUUGAUGAUACUCAGCUCAGUAGCUGGUGAGCUCAUUAAGUGAGUUAACUUGAAAAUUCGUGAUUAUUAAUUUUGGGACAAUUUGAUCUUUUUAUAUUAUAAUUAGUAAUGAGAAUAUAUAAUAAUUCAUCAUUGAAUUUUCUC